UGCUGGUCGCCGUAUUGCUCGUAGUUGCACUCUUUCUGAUUGGUUGGGUUCUGGUGAGGCAGCAGCUUUACUGGAGAUACAAGAAUGUUGUUCAAGGAUUUCCGAAACCUAUUUUGGGUGAUAUCCUUGGUACAUUCUUCCAGCUUCAAUCCUUAACGGAUAUGGUUAAGAAUCUAUACUUUGCUUUUCCAAAUAAUAGAUACGCUGGAAUAUACCAGAUAACUCAACCGAUGCUAAUGAUUCGAGAUCCAGAACUCAUCAAACAAUUAGCAGUAAAAGACUUCGAACAUUUCACGGAUCACAUCAGCUACAUUCCGAGUGAAAAUGAUGCUCUUUGGAGCAAUAAUCUCUUUGCAUUGAAAGGUACCAAAUGGUCCCACAUGAGAAACAUUCUAAGUCCGGCAUUCACUAGCAUGAAGAUGCGAUACAUGUUCGAACUGAUAGACGAAGUCUCCACUCAGUUUGUCACCUUUCAUAAAAAGAAGAUUUCAAAUCAGCAAACGAUCGAAUUUAAAGACGCUUAUACAAGGUACACUAAUGACGUAAUUGCAACGUGCGCAUUCGGUGUGAAGUGCAAUUCGUUGAAUCACCCAACUAAUGAAUUCUAUAAAAUGGGAAAAGUUAUGGCAGAGGUGAGAAGUUUCUCAAGAAUUUUCAAGAUAAUCCUCAAUUUUUUUCUGCCGACGUUAGUUAAGGCUCUUAAAUUGACGAUAAUACCACAAAAGAUUAACGCAUACUUCCUGGAGUUAGUUGGUGAUAUAUUAAGGAUGCGUAAACAGGAAAGCAUCAUUCGCCAGGACAUGUUAAACCUAUUGAUGGAAGCGCGACAAAAAGAUGGUAUAUCAAUCUCCGAUUUGGAGAUUACCUCGCAAUGUUUGGCUUUUUUUUUAGCCGGCUUCGAGAGCACCUCUUCGAUGAUGUGCUUCACAUGUUACGAAUUAGCCUUAAACCCAGACAUUCAAGAACGAGUCAGAAAUGAAAUCGAAUCAGUUCAUCGUAAAUAUGGUAAAUUAACGUACGAAGCGAUGAAGGAACUCAAGUAUUUGGAUAUGGUUUUAAAUGAAACCAUCCGCAUGUGGCCAAUCGCUUUCCUCUUGGACAGAUUGUGCGUUAAGGAGUACACAAUUGAACCUAAAUUUCCAGACGAAGAAGCCGUACAUUUGAAACCAGGCGAUGUUAUAUGUUUUCCCGUAGGUGGACUCCAUCACGAUGCCAAGUAUUUUCCCAAUCCAAGUAAAUUCGACCCGGAAAGGUUUUCAGAUUCCAACAAGGGCAGUAUUCAUCCAUACACGUAUUUGCCUUUCGGAGUUGGACCUCGCUCCUGCAUAGGUUACCGCUUUGCAAUGAUGAUGGCCAAAUUGAUGUUCUUCAAACUGCUCAGUACGUUCGAGAUUGUUGUCACUGAAAAAACUUCUGUCCCAUUAAAAAUCAGGAAAUUUGAUUUAUUGUUAACGUCAACUAAUGGCUUUUGGCUAGGUCUGAAACGAAGAAUAUAA